AUGGCGAUGCGACGGUUGGCGCCCGCGCCUAUAUUGGCCUCGUUCAAUGCUCUUCGAUUGAAGCCUCUCCACAACCACCGAUUUUGCCUGAAUAGUCGGCAGAUAUCUCUGCUGCCAUGGCGAAAAAACGAUUUGACGACCCCACCUCUGCCUGUCUACUUCCACAAACCGGUUAAUCAGUCGCGACUACGGCCAGUACGCCGGUUUGUCGGGCGCGUCCUUUUCACAACAGCAGCAGUGUUCGUCUGCUGGACUGUUUUCUAUAUCAUCGUCCUGGAGCCCUUGUUCGACUGGGCGGAAGACGAGUGGGAUGCCCUGUCCGAGAAGGAGAAGCAAGAAAUGGCCGAAGAAGCAGAUGAUGGUCCGGAUUCGAUACUGUUCCUGCCUAUGCCAUUUGGCACAACUGAGGUCAAUCAACCACAAUAUAGAAGCAACGACCCUGAGUGGCUGGAGUUCGUUGCCUUCAGUAGAAACAAGCAGGCACGCGAGGAUAUCAAACUCAAGCUAGCCGACACGAUCUGCAAAGCUGUCCAAAACAACGACCAAUACGUGAGGAUACUAGGCGGUAAAGAUAUGCACGUGUCCCAGUACUGGCUAGAUACGAUAUUUCCCACUCGGCCGCCGCCCAAACACUAUGUAGCGGGGAUUAGUAUCGAAGACGACGGAAUAUACUGGGCGCAUCGCCCUAUCGAUACGCUUGCAGCGAAACAUUUGUCUCUAGCCAUCUACCCCGUAGCUGUGGCCAAGGCGGCCUGGAGUUUUCUCAGCGUUCUCGGCAAGGGCUUGGCUACAGAUACUGCCGUGUUCUUGGGCAUUGCCGAGCCGGUCAAACGGCUACCCACGUGGGAGUCUGUCGUCCUGAACCGGAUGCCGCAGCAGGAGACUGUUGGCCCCGGCGCGGACCGAGAGCUGCAAGAUUUGAAAAAGACGCUUCAGUCGGCCGUGCCGUUCGGGGAUGUGAUGCCGUCUAAUCUGGAACAUGCCAGCUCUGCGGCCAUGGUGACCUUGGCCAAGACCUGGAAGCCUGCGCGGCAAGGCCCCGGCCCCGGCUGCAUCAGGGUGGAUGGCUUGAUCCAAGUGUCUGGCAAAAGUGCAUACAUGACUGUUUAUGUUGUCGCUUGGUUUGACCCCAAGCAAAGGAAAUUCGUCGACAUCCAGACUCAGUUGAAGCACCUAUUGCCGUUCAAGCAAUAUCCGGCGAAAUAA